GAUAAGAAUCCUCCCAUUUUACUUCAAGUUGUGUUUUCUACUAAAAAAAAUAUAUAGAAAAAUAUUUGGAUUCACAAGUACCCCUGUUGUAGAUACUCUUAUCAGUGAUUGAUUUUGGCACGUACCACAUCCACCACGAUAAAUAUAAAUCAUUGGCAAUAGGAAUUAAGAGUAUAAUCGAAGUAAAAUGGUCCUUCCGUUACUAGUAACGCUCACCUUACUCCUGUCUUCGGGUACAACGCAAAAUUUACCGACGAACUAUGAAUACUAUACGUCAGGAGGCAUCAGCUCUGGCCUGAACGCAGACCAAAGCUACUUCGUUCUAAAUGGGAAGAACUUUUCUUUAUACAGUGGUGCCAUGCACUACUUCAGGGUACCAAGAGGCUAUUGGAGGGAUCGUUUACAAAAAUUAAGGGCUGCAGGUCUCAACACAGUGGAGACGUACAUCGCGUGGAAUCUCCACGAACCCGAAAACGGAGUAUUCGAUUUUGGAGAAGGUGGGUCUGAGAUGGAGGAUUUCCUGCACCUUGAAGAGCUGCUGACCACUGCUAAGGAGGAGGACCUGUUUGUAAUUCUGAGGAGUGGGCCGUACAUAUGCGCCGAGUACAAUUUUGGUGGAUUUCCCAGUUGGUUGCUGAGAGAGGAACGUAUGGGAUUUAGGACAACAGAAGAGACCUACAUGAAAUACGUAACAAGAUAUUUCAAUACUCUUCUACCGAUACUGGCGAAAUACCAGUUCACCAAAGGGGGCCCUAUCAUAGCUUUCCAGGUAGAAAAUGAGUACGGAAACCAAGAAUACCAAACCUUCCUCCCACAGAAAGAGUAUUUGGAAGAAUUGCAUCAACUUUUCGUUCAAAAUAGUAUUGUGGAGCUGUUGGUAACAUCCGAUAGUCCACUGUCCCACCAAGACAAAGGUACCCUACCGGGUGUUUUCCUGCAGACUGCCAAUUUGGGAGCUUCUCCUGAGAAACAGUUUGAGAAAUUAUUGGAACUGCAACCAAACCGACCGUUGAUGGUAAUGGAAUUUUGGAUUGGUUGGUUCGAUUUCUGGGGCAACGACCACGCAACUAGAGAUGCAAACACCAUGAAAGGAAUAUACGAAAGAAUUUUGACAUAUCCUGCAUCUGUUAAUAUCUACAUGUUCCAUGGUGGUACCAAUUUUGGGUUUACUAAUGGUGCAUCUCUUGGAAACACUCUGUUCGACAAUUCCGGCUUCGAACCCAUCACCACCAGCUACGACUACGACUCCCCACUAACCGAGUCUGGUGACUACACCGACAAAUACUUCAAUAUCCGGGAACUCCUUAUUCAACACAGUCCCGUUAAGACUUACACCCCGGACGUACCUAACUUAAACCCUAAGAUAGCGUACCCUGUUAUAUCCAUCGAAAAGGAAAUACUACUCAGCAACCUGAUACAGUACGACGCGCCCUACGUCAUCGAGAGCGAGAACGUAGUAGCCAUGGAGAAGCUGGACAUCAACGGUAACUCGGGCCAGAGCUACGGCUACAUCGUCUACAGGAAAGAAAAUGUGGACCUGGCAGCUAACACCGUGCUCAAGAUUGGAGGACACAUUUGCGAUACGGCAGUGGUGUCGGUGAAUGGAGUUCGGGUUUCUCCAAGCUUGGAAACGAAGAACGACUUGGAUGGGUUCGGUUUUUGGAGACUGGCCGACUCGACCUUGGUGCUCACCACGGAUGAGAAGAAGGGGGCUACUGUUGAUAUCUUGGUGGAGAACUGGGGUAGGAUCAAUGGAGGAAAGAUCACUCAGUACAAUCAGACGUUCAAGGGACUUUGGCAAGGUGACGUAUAUCUCAAUGACAACAGAGUAUCCGGCUGGAAAAUAAUUCCAUUAGAAUUCAAGAAAAGCUGGACCAACAACCUCGAGGCAUGGUCAUCCAAAACGUCCAGCUUAGGACCUGCCCUAUAUUACGCGAGUUUGGAAAUUUCUGACGAGCCCAGUGACACCUACAUCGAUAUGAGGAGCUGGACCAAAGGUUUGGUCGUUGUGAACGGUAUUCCUCUGGGAAAAUACGCCAAGAUCGGACCUCAGCAAGCUUUAUAUCUACCAGCGCCCUUCUUGAAGAAGGGAUAUAAUAGCAUCAUCGUGUUUGAACAUUACAAAAGCGCUGACCAGUUGAGUUUUACCACCGGGCAGAUUUGGAAGACGGCUUAAAAGUUUUAAAUAAAACUGAUCAUUAACA